AUGUCUGGGCACUUUGCACCCACCACUCCUCAGGCAGCAAAACCGCCCACUCCCUCUUCUCCUCAGAUAGCGACCCCCGCUAUCGACGACGACGUCGCCGCCCCGCCAGAGAUCCUCUACUCUGUCAUGGGUACUAGCAACCCUCCAUCCCUAUCCGGCUCAAUUGCACCUGACGCCCCCGAGACUCGCAAGGAGGAGCACGACCGCAACAUCAGGAGUAUCAACGAUGAGAUAUUAGCCCUCCAGCAAAGCGUUGACCACAAGCUGGAGCUGAUCCGCCACCUCAUCGCCUCCCGCGAAGUUGCCAUCGCGCACGAAGUCGAGCUCAGCCGUAUCGACCAGGACUACGCGGACGAGGAGGGAAGGAAGAAGGUCCUUCAGCGUGUUGAAUCGUUUACCGGGGGUAAUAAGAGCAAGGAGAAGGAGGAAAAGAGCAUGGAUGCGGGGUCUGGAAAGCAGAAGAAAAAGUUGAUCAGCUACGCAAAGAGGGGCACUGUCAAGAGGGGCCCGGUCGUGAAGGAGGGCCAGCCGACCGCUAAUCGUCGUUUGAGCGCGUUGGUUGCUGGAGGAGAAUAA